CGAGAACGGCGCGUUCCGAGACGGUUCCACGGUGCCACGGUUCCACGAUUCUCGGUUCCCGGUUCUCGGUUCAGCAAGACCGAUUACACACACCUAGUGGAGCUAGUGGGGGUUUCGAGCGAGUUGGCCGGCCAAGUGAAAGAGUGUAGUCAAGUCGAGCCGCAGUCCUAUGUCGACCUCAGCCUGCGAUAGAUUCGUAUCGUAGAAUUGAUCCACGAUCGAUCGACCGGCUUUCCUUGAACUUAUUUGGACUGAGCGAGUUGAGCAGUGCGAAGGGGGCCAGAGGCUGCGGAAGGAAGAAGAAGAGGCAAGAGGUUCAGCUGACCCAGGAACCCUUCGAGCGAGGUCAACCUUACCUGAGGAAGAGCCACAUCCUUUCAGCCACUCGAUCUUGGCUCUUCGUUUGCCGAACAUAUAAGGAUACCACCGUCUCCAUCCUCAGCUCCAGCAGGACCUCUCGGAGGUUUUAUCUAGGAUUUAUUCCAGGAGAUGCUACCGAAGCCGCAGUGCUGCUGAGGCCACGUCUGAGUAAAUAACAUGUUAGCCAAGGCGAAAAUGCGGACAGUCCUGUUUCUUCUGACAGUCCUGAUCCUGACGCUGUCAGGACGUGCAUACGGAUUGUGCAUUUUGGAAAAUGCAACGUUCGCUCACUGCACUGAUCUGGAGGAUGCGAGAUACAUUAAUACCUACGACCUGGAGAAGCUCAAGGCAUCGGUGCAUACGAAGAUGCUGGAUCAUCGAUCAUUCGAGAACUUCACUAGCCUUAGGAAAUUGGACCUUUCUGAAGGAAACAUAGAAAAUAUCGAGUUUGGGACAUUCCGGAAGCUGAGUCACUUGGAAAAUUUGAACUUGGCUGGUAACCGUAUCGCCCAAUUGAAACUGACGGUAUUCGAGGGCUUGCAGAACCUGCAGACUUUGGAUCUCAGGCGGAACUCCAUAAAGCAAUUAUCGCCAGCUCUGAUAAAGCUGAAAAAUCUGAAGAUCCUGGACCUAUCAGGCAAUCCUCUGGAUUGCAACUGCGCCACGAUCAAGGUUCGUGAUCUUCUUGUGGCAAACGGUGUCAGAAUGUCCAAGAAGAUCCUCUGCGCCAGUCCGCCAAUACUUAAGGGUGCUUCCCUGAUGAAGCCUAAUGCUGGGGUUUCCUGCAUGUUCGAAGAGCAAGACAAAGAAAUGCAGGCUGAUGAACCCGUCGAUAUCGAAGGAUCCGGUGAUCUUGGUUCCGGAGAUGCUUUUGAAGAACUGGACCAAAACUUAGAUGAAGACGAGGAUCUUUUCGAUGAAGAAGUAGAACCACCUUCGCCUCCGACAACAGAGGCGGAAACACCUGUGCCAAACGUUCCUUCGACUGCGGCUAGUCAGGCGUCAUCUGCAGCUGCACCCGUUCUCUUGUCCCUUGGAUUAGUACCUCAAGACAAUACUACCGAAUCACCAGUAUCAAAUAGUCCAGCUUCAUCGGAAACUACUUUCGAACGGGACGAUAGUCUCUUCUUUGAAACCGAGGAUGUAACUGAAGAAGAGCCUCCAUCAACUACAGAACCUACCGAAAAGAAAGACGAGCUUAGUGAUGACCUUUUGAUUCCUGUCUACGUAGAACAGGUAUCGUCUGUACUGUCCUCGACUCCAAAGUCUAGUGAGAAGACACACAAGUUUACGGACGAGCUGAUUAUUCCUGUAGAAGGUUCAGGAACGGAAGAUAUUGGUUCGGGUGCCGAAGGAUCAGGUUCAGACUUUCCUCUGACCGAUUGGACUCAUUCAGGCAGUGAAGUUAGUCGGGAAUUCGGGAGACCAGAAUCAUCUACCGUGGAAUCAGUCGUUGUUGAAUCUUCAACUACAGAGAAUCCCGAUACGAGUACCUCAGACAACAGUGGAAAUCCGUUCGACAUUAUUCUUGGCCUUUUUUGGAGCCCCACGGACGCUCCGGAAGAGAAGAAGGAGGUUGCAUUGGAGGAGGAAGAGUUCAUCGACGUCUCCUCCGAGAGUAGCCUAGGACCUAGUGGAACACCUGCUGAGGAAGAAAUCCUGCCCCCUAUGGCGGCAGUUCCAGUGGAACCAUCGAUAUCUGCAGAAAACAACGAACCAUCAGACAUAGAGCCUAUAGUUCCCCUAAUCUCGCGCAUGGGAAUUAUUCCUGAGUCGAGUGAUAAGGAGUCUUCAUCAGGUUCCAAUACUGCUGGGAACGUGGGUUCCGACAAGGUCGACGCUAGCGCUGGUACCAAUGAAGAAAUGGCCGACGUCUCUCCAACUCGUCAAGCCAAGAAAGGAACGGGGUCAUACGUAGUUUUGGCUGCUCUCUUGGCAAUCUUGGCAGCACUCAUUGGUUUCGCAGCAUACAAGGGCGACUUCUGUAGGAAGAAGAGGAAACGCAGAGACGUAGAGAAUGGCCGAGAACUUCAAGACAUGCAGAAAUCACUUUUGGAUGGCAGCAAUGCCAACCGACCAAAGAUAUCAUCCAAUGGAAAUGCAGAAAACGCACCACUGGUAGGGUCACAAGGUCAGCACUGGAGUGAACAAAGGGACUUGCGACCUUGGCAGGACCACCAGGAGCCAGCAGUCGUCGAUCCAAAAUCCAAGUAUGAAGAAGCCGUGCAGGAUGCUGUUGAUCCUGUGAAACCGCCAAGAAAAUCCUUGACAAGUCCAGAGGAAGCUAGAACUGAAACAAAGGACAUACCCUCGGACUCGCCAAUUGAGUACAGAGCAGGUGGGGUUGCGAUAAUAAGAAACCCUCCACAGCCAGUAUUGGCACCCCUGCAUAGAUCACCAAGUCCCAUCCACGCGUCCAAUGGACCACCCUUGAGUCCUGGUGCGGAAAGAGUCAAGAUUUUAAUGCAGGAGAACCCGGACAGCAUACCCAAGACGCCCAUUCUCAUAACGAGAACAAAGGCCGGAGAGAACCUAGUCAAAGCACCCUAGAAACCGCAAUUUCCAUAUCGAGAAAAAUUGAGAGAAGAUGCAAAUCUUAUAUGAACUCGUGUUUCUAAGCGUAAGAAAACACUUUAAAGCGCCAAGAUCAAGUCUACCGGAGGCGUAGGCCCAAUUUGGGGACCUAUGCCUUGUAUUCCUAGGGCAUCAAAGGCCCCGUAAGACAGGAUUAUUCAUCGUGGAAAAAAGGCAUCCCCAUCAUCGAGACUCGCCCUUUCCUCGCGCUUCUUUCUUCCUGCUUCCUCAAGCCUCCCCCGAUAAAAUUAGUUCGCGGAACCCGAGACCCAAAGUGGGUCGAUGAUUCGAGGUCGAGAGUGUACAUAAAAAUUAUCUUAGGCUUUUCGUGCGACGAAGACUAGUCAGUUCUCUUUUAACCCCGUACUGACCUACGUUGCGUUGACCCCUUUGCCUGAAUUCUUGGGUGUUCGUGAAAACUGGAGCACGUGGUCUCCCAAUUGAAACUCCAAUCGUAACGUUUAUUUUUUUCCCCAACUGCCAUUGGAGACAUUCGUAAUUUAGAUUUCUGCGAGGAUGAUCCUCGCGCAACAGGAACAUUCCAUGAACAAUCGAUGCGUCACAAACAAUUGACUGUAAAUCCCAUAAACGCAAGUGACCUGGCUUUCCGAACACCCUAACUUUACUAUAAUAUAGAUAUACACUAGUAAGGACUCGUCAACAUGAAUUAACGCGUAAACGGAAUAGAAUUACGUAUAUAUGCAUAUCAUAUACAUACGUAUGUAUAAGUCAUUAUAAAUAUUUAAUCACUAAAAGCUAAUAUAAAACGGACACACGGAUGAAGUAAGGACCGUGAAUGGACGAACGGCGAUUGGAUCUUCCUUUAGCAGAGACCGAUGCAUCGUUGUUCAAAGGCUCAAAGGCUCAACGUGUCCCGAUUAAUAUCCUUCCAUUCAGGAUGUGUUCAGGUUCGCGAUGGGUGAAAGAAUUUGACGUUAAUCAUUAUUUAUUUCGUUAAAUAUGUAAACGAGUUCUUUGUUACUCGUCCCAAGCAUUUAGUUAGUAUAUAAUGCGAUAUUUGUUUUCGUUUAAGAUAUUAGCAUAUAAUGAAAAUUGAUAUAGAUUAUACAAUUGCUUAGUCGGCAGUACCACGGUUAGGAUCUUUGCAUAUUAUGUAUACAUACGUACGUCUGUUAAGCCAAAUGAAUUGAAAUGUAUGUGUCUAUAAUUUAGCAUAUAAGCGAGUGAGACUAUAGGUAGCGAUGCAGCUCGGUGCAUUUAGCAUUAAAAUGCACCCGUUAAUAAAAACGAUGUACGAAGGUAACCAAAGGAGGUGGAAGUCCUUACGAUAAGG